AUGUCGACUCGGUCAGAGUCAGCCAUUGACAGCAAUAUAUCUGAAACCGGCAAGAUAUUUAAAGACGUUAUGAAGUCGUUGUACCAACCGGUGUAUGAUGGAAGGAAAUUAUUGGAGAAUUACCGUGCAGCCACAGUAGGUUCUUCACACGACGGGCAGACAACUAAGUUAGGCUACCCAAAGCCUGCAACAGACUGGUAUGCAACAGACUGGUAUGCAACAGGGCCAGCCAGUGUUGCAACAGCAACUACCAGGAACACGGUGGUCAGCUACCAGGACGUUCAGACAGGACGUCAGGCGGGCUAUGCAGGCAGUGUUGAUAUAGGAGAUCCUGGUCUGAGAGAGACCAAUGAUGCUGAUAGUGAUUGUGGAGAGAGCUGGUACCCGCUUGGAGACAGUGCUCCUAACUGCUGGUUACCUCCCUCUAACGAUGAUUCUGUUUGGUGUGGCGUCCAGGACCGGGAGUUGAAACGAUUCUACGACGACUUUGUCAAUAUCAGAGGUGUAACUUUUCAGGACGUGCAAAUGAGAAUCGAUAAGUUUCUGAAAAAUUUAUACGAAGAGCUGAAAAAAGCUGAAUCGACAUAUACUUUUCUGAGACUGAAGCCAUUUCUGAAACAAGGAGGAUCUCGGGAAGGCCUCAAGGUCGGGGCUGCCAAUGAGUUUGACGCACUACUGCCAUUCACCUUCGUCGGCAUCACUUCAGAUAUCAGAGAGGCCCCCCAAAACCAGCUGCCUCCUGGUUUGGCAGAAAUAUGCAUCGAGAAAAUAAGCAAUAGAGUGGCUAUCCGACCAGCUGACCUGUUUGUAGAAAGAGGCGGUCAAAAAUAUGUCCGUUCAGAUGUGUUCCAUGACAAACUUUUCAAAAGUUUGAUAGAUGCAGCAGUCCAGAAAUUCAACUCAGACCCUGAGUGGCGUUCUUAUGAAAUCAGAAGACAGGCCAGCGCACCAGCCAUCAAGCUGGACGUCAAGAUAAAUGGAAACAUCGUAAGCAUCGAUGUCGUCCCAGGCUUCGAAAUAUCUGCUGCCACUUCGUCACUAAGGAAGUUUGUGGUGACACGAUGGAUUCCAGGCUCUAAAAAUGUCACCCGCACUGUCCGUAUUCCAGAACCUACCACAGUUUGGCGCGUGUCACACUCUCACUUUGAAAUGCACGUUUUCGAUAAAUGGGGUGUUGGAAAUAUUACCGGUAAACGUCUUGUCCGCGCUGCGCGAAUCCUGAAAGGUCUUCGAGUAAAGGAUAAAGAUCGGAAUACUAGCUCCCAGCUGCACUCUGUUCUCACUUCGUACCACAUCAAGAAUAUCCUGCUACAUAGUCUAUUGUGUUUAACCAAAGUCAAUGCCAUUUCGUUGUCAAGCGUAUCGGAAGCCCUCGGAUACCUUGUCUUCAUGCUGAAUACCGCAUUGACCAGGCAUAACUUGCCACAAUUUUUUUCCUUCAAUCCAAGCCUACGUGCAUAUUUUCCCGAAAGCAAUUUUCACAACAGGAGCACGCUCGCGGUCAAUCUGUUUGCAGAGCGUUCGACUGGGGAGAUCCUACAGGUACGUGCUGACCUUGCAAAGGCAUUAAGGCAUUUCAACCUUCAGCAGCUGCUAGAUAGAACUGGAGAAGUUGACUGGAGCGCCUUACGACCUUUUAUGGACAAUGUUAAUGCCUGAUCGCUUGCGGUUCGCUUUGUUCUGAGAAAACCGACCUUACACACCGUUUGUUUUCACAUUUAGUCUAAAGACAUUAGUGGUUGCGGGGCAUUAUAUACCGGAAAAUACUUAUAUAUACAUGAACAUUUUAUUUAAUCAGAAUGGAUUUUAACAUGUAACAACUCGUUUUGAGAGGUUGAUAUAACGGACUGUAAACCGUUACACUGUAUACGGCUGUAGGAGUUUACACAUAGAAGACGUUAAAUAUUUGCAGUACUUGAACAUAUGCUGGAACGAAUCCAGUAGGCGUAUUCAAUAUCAUCAUUUUAAUGAACACAUCUCUACUGUAGCCCUUUGGUAUGUCAUGAUUCUUGAUGUUGUACCUUGAAAAGGUCUUAAUGGAAAUAUGCAAAAUACUGUCCGCUUUGUUGUCUUCAUAACUUUGUUGAUUUCUUCCCUAUUGACUCGCGAAAUACUCAACUCUGUCCUAUGUUGAAUAUUGGUUGUGGAACUAUAUGAUAAUUCAUAGGUAGCUUUGAUGGGAAAUAUUGCUUGUAGUGUUACCAUAAUAUGCUACAUCAUUCGUUUGUGCAAUUUUAUUUAAAAAAUUAGUGUAUGCUUAUUCACGUCGACCUUUGCUUACUAAAUAAAUAUGAUUCUAACUACACAA